AGUAUGUAGUACUUUAUUAUGCCAUGUCGAUUGCCGACUUUGGAGAACAACAACAAAAACAGCAGCAGGCACGAAAAACGAAAACAAUAACUCGCUAUGGCGACAAAAACAGAGAUGACGACGACGUCGAGGCCGAAGUCAACAACUCUGCCAACGGCUACGCCAACGUUGCGUCGUGGUGUAGGGUGUAGUACCAUAGGGCCAGACUUAAUGUAACAUAGACGGGAACGGCAGCAGCAGGCGACAAACGUAGCGUCGAGCCAGCAGGCGUCUAGUAUGUACUUGUCUGCUCUGCGUGUUUCAGUCGACGCAUCAUUGGCAGUAUCGGCCGCAGUGGCUGUGCUGUGUUUUCACAUUUCAGUCAGUGGUCGUAUGUUGAGAGCGAAUGUUGUGUUAACGGAGGAAAUAAGAAGUCGAUGUUAGUUAGCUAAAUGAAAAAGAAACAAACCAAACUUAUGGCUUUAGCGGUAAUGCAUAUAUAAUUUUGGGUAAUGACAAUUUUUCAAAGGUGAAUACUUUCUUGAAGUAACUAAAUAUAAAGUAGUGCGGCCUUUAAUAAAUAAUAGCCAUGGCCAAAUCGUAGAGAAAGCAUGGCGGAUUGUAAAAAUAAUUCAGGUGACACUAAAAAAGUGCAAAAUGUCAGUUGAAUGCUGGCAAAACCAGUAAAAGCGGCUAUAAAGCAAAAAGGAAACAACGACUCAUUUGCUCGAACUUAAGUGACACACUAAAGUUGAUAAAGUAAAGGAAAAGUGCUUACUUUUCAAAACGGCCGAUAAGUAUAAAAGAAAAUAAAGUGCAAAACAACAAAGUGCAUGCUGUGUUGCAAAAGUGAACACUUACACACAUGCAUGGAUACUUAUUUACUACUAGCGUACGUGAUAUUUUCUUCAACUGCUGCCUGCCAGUCGCUGUCUUACCUGCCUGUGCCGAUAAGGAUAAUAAACGGCAACCGAAACGAAUGCUAGAGGCACACAGGGCAAGCCGUCUGAGAGCGAGUGUAGUAAAUUUGUUCGCGCGCGCAUUGCAAGCACCCAAAAGUGUCAGCGGUAGCAAAAAAAAAAAACAACGCACAUACAAUUGAUAGUAAAAAGUGCACCAGGAUGUGUUGCAGCCAUUUGUGCAACAAAGUUUUAGUGAACGCCAGUAAGCAUACAUAGAAAGGCAACAAACAACGAAACAUACAUAAUAAAAAUAAAAACAAUAAUGCAAGUAGAUUAUUUUCCAACAACACAGCAAUUUUCCAGCAGUGCCAACAUUUUAUACAAACGCAAAUAAAACUGUGCCGCUGUAAAAAAUGCUGACACAAAAUCGAGCGAUGCUGCAAUAAAAGGAAGUGAAAAGCAAUAACAAAAAAAUAAUUUUUUAGUUUUAACAAUUUACCAACCAGCAAGGCAAGCAAAAUCAGCAACGUGCAGCACAGUUAACAACCUAUGAAACAGGCAUUCUUCACUGCUUCUCCUUUGCUGCUACAGCCGCCCCAGCUUCGGCUUCAGCUUCUGUUGUUGAUAGUUUGCGGUUGCAUUUGCUCGCCGCCGCAAAUCACGCAAACCGAUUGAGUGAGAAUAGCAGGCAGGCAUUGCAGUUUUGCACUAAAAAAGCGAAAAAGGCAAAAAACGCAAAAGCUUCAAAAUCACAGCAAACUAACGCAGCACACAAAAAAAACUGAGACAAUCGCGCAACAAACCGUCAAUGAAAAACGUUGACAACAAAAGUCCAACGACGUGCUGUAAAACGUUCGUCUUUUGUGCAUAAAAACACAAAAAGCUGAAAUAUUCUAAACUCCAAAGUUAAAUAUCAACAUCAACGUCCUGUGUAUUUUGUUCGCGAUUCACUCAACGGCCAACAUGGCGGGUAAUAUCGUCAAAUGGUGGAAACAUAAAAUACUUGGUGGCUAUAAACAAUUUUCAGUUCAAGAAUGCACCACCGACUCGGAGGAGCUCAUGUACCAUCAGGUGCGCGCCUCUUCUUCCUGCAGUGCUCCACCCGAUUUGCUCAUGGUUAGUGAUCGUGAAAAUAAUAUACCGUUACGUUCACCUGUAGUCAAUAUAAUUGCAACGAAGACCACAACGGGGGCAACAACAACAACAACGGCAACAGCCAAUCACAGCAGUGGCGGCGGCGGUGGCGUGGUGCAAAAACAUCAUCAACAGCAUACUACAGGGCAACAGCAGCCACAACAACAGACACACAGAGAACAUCAACACCAGCAACAUUGUUCAAAAGAUGGUAAACAACAUCUGAAAUUGAGUAGCAAAAGUGCUGCUGCAAGUAAAUUUGUAAGCGUGCAGCAACAGUUGGCCGUUGCAAGCCAGCAGUCGCAGCAGCAACAGCAACAACAGGAUGAGAUUGAUGGCCAACAACAGACAGCGCAUCAGCAGCGGCACUCCUCACAUCAGCAUGCCGGCGGUGGCAACAAGGAGGAGCGCAUACGGUUGGAGGAGUUCACUUGCGACGUUUCCGUCGAGGGUGGCAAAUCCACACAGCCACUACAGUUUUCCUUCACCUUCUACGACCUCGACGGCCAUCAUGGCAAAAUCACAAAGGAUGACAUUGUCGGCAUCGUCUACACGAUAUACGAAUCGAUCGGCAAGUCAGUGGUGGUGCCGCACUGUGGCAGCAAAACAAUCAACGUCCGCCUCACUGUCAGCCCCGAGGGCAAAUCAAAAUCAGCCGCAGCCGCCGCCGCCGCCGCUGCAACAACUGGUGGUGGUGGUGGCGGCAAGUUGAAAAAGAUGGCCAAUGGCGCCGGUACUGGUGCUGGCAUAUUGGAGACAGCGACAAAGACAAACGCCAGUCACAGCGGACAUGGUCAUACACGUCGUCAGCAUCGCUAUCGGCCGCGCAAACUAAUUAAAUCGGAUGAUGAGGACGAUGACAGUAACAGUGACAAGGAAAAGGAAGCGGCGACAACUACAAGUGCCGCUGCAGCUGCUGCCUUGGCGGUUAACAACAGUGUGGGUGGUGGCGCAGUGGGAACGGCGGCGAUGGCAGCCACAACUGCAGGCGGCAAAUCAAAAAGACAUUCCAGCGCCAGCAAGUACAAUAAAAUGAAGGCCUCAGCCGCGGCGGCAGCGGAGCAGCAGCAAUUGUGGUAUCAGCAGCAGCAGCAACAACAACAAGAGAUGGAGGGAAAUGCGGCAGACCAAGAGCAACAGCAAACACCACCACACAUCGUUGCUUCCGCUACUGGUGCUAGUGCUGAUACGACGGGCAUUUACCCACACGAGAAUCUCUAUGAGAAUAUGACUACAGCGAAUCUCAAAUGUUGCACGAAGGAUGCACCAUUGCUGAAGGUGGAAGAUUGUCGCGGCUGUGAGGCGACAACGACGACGACCACGCCAGUUGUGGCGAGUGGCGGUGCACUGCCACUUACGACGACCGGCUAUGGGCGCUCACCAACGGAUGUGUACAUGCGACAGGCGUCUACGCGCGUCAAAAUGCUACGCAAGGCGCGAAAACAAAAGUUUCAGGACCAUUGCCAUGAAACACGUCAGCGCAGCCUGUCGGUUGGCAGCGAAGCUUGCUGGUAUAAUCGACAUAUACAACAACAAGCACAGCAUCAAGCACAGCAACAGCAGCAGCCAGUAAAAUUGGAACAGCCGCAACAGCAACAGCCACACCAGCAUCAGCAAUUAGGUGACGUUAUCGAUGGCGUUCAACUACGUAAUCCGCGCAAGAAUGCCACGACUGUCUCCUCCGCCUCAACAAUUUUGGCGCCACGGCAACGCAACUCUGCUGAAUGCUGGAAGACCGCAUUGAAUCGCAACGACUUGAUGAGCAUUAUACGGGAGAGCAUGGAGAAGAAUCGUUUGUGUUUUCAGAUGAGCGGGUAAGCGCUGGGUUCUAAGGGGGGGUUUGGGUGUUGGGUGGAAAAAACUUGUAUUAUUUACAUUCACACACAAGUACACACACACACACGAAUGCAGUCAUAUACGCAUGCGAUACGGCGCGCAGCGAAAAGCUAGUGCAGGCAAAGCCAACAGCAACAAAAACAAAUAGCAUCCUAGCAAUCCAAAUUUUUUGUUCAAAAGGACGUAUAGCGGAGAACAAAAGAAAAUGCAUUUUUUGUUAACUAAUGGACACCCUUAAACGUUGAUUUGCAUUUUGCCAGUUAUUUUUUUUUUGUUUUCGUGCUUUUUCAUUCACCUACAUUUUAAUAUUCGUUAUUCGCUGUUGUACAAUACUCCUACUUCCGUAUUAAUUUAAUCAAUAAUUUG